AGCUCCUGGGCCGAUGAGAGCAAUGGUGGUGGCUAUGGAGGCCGCCAGGGAGGCUCUGGUUAUGUCCCUCCGCACCUGAGGGGUGCUGUUUGGCCCUUAGAUGCAGGCGCUGCCGCCGGAUACGGCGGUGGUUAUGGUGGAGGCUACUCCAGGGGUGGCGGUGGCUACGGCGACGGCGGCGGUGGCUACGGCGGCGGUAGCCGGGGCUAUGGCGGUGGCGGUGGCGGCUGGGGAGGUGGCGGCGGCAGCAGCGACCGGGAGAAGCAGGCGGCAGACACGAUGUUUGACACCGCCGAAAACACGGGCAUCAACUUUGACGCUUAUGAGGACAUCCCGGUGGAGGUCAGCGGCGCCGACGCCCCCGAGGGCAUCUCCUCCUUUGAGGAUGUCGACCUCCCGCCUGCGCUGAUGGAGAACGUGAAGCGGUGCAAGUACAACAAGCCCACGCCGGUGCAGCGCUACUCGAUCCCCAUCGGCCUGGCGGGCCGGGACAUGAUGGCCUGUGCCCAGACCGGCUCCGGCAAGACCGCCGCCUUCUGCUUCCCCAUCAUCGGCAACAUCCUGCGCUCGGGCUACACCCCGCUGCGCGGCUCCCGCAAGGCCUUCCCGCUGGCGCUGGUGCUGUCGCCCACCCGCGAGCUGUCCACCCAGAUCUACGAUGAGUCCCGCAAGUUCACCUACCAGACCGGCGUGCGACCCGUGGUGGUGUACGGCGGCGCGCCGCAGCAGCAGCAGCUGCGCGAGCUGGAGCGCGGCUGCGACUUCCUGGUGGCCACCCCCGGGCGCCUGAUCGACAUCAUGGACCGCGCCCGCGUGUCGCUGGGCAAGGUGCGCUUCCUGGCGCUGGAUGAGGCCGACCGCAUGCUGGAUAUGGGCUUCGAGCCCCAGAUCCGCAGGCGAGGCCCGCUGCCGGGGCUGCCACGCCUGAGCCCUAGCCCUGCUGCCGCACCGGAGGCCUGGCCCUGCCGCCGGGGCCUGCCGCGCCCUCGGCGCAACCCGCCGAUUGUGGAUGAGGAGGACAUGCCACGCCCCGGCGAGCGCCAGACGCUGCUCUUCUCCGCCACCUUCCCCAAGGAGAUCCAGCGCCUCGCCGCCGACUUCCUGCACAAUUACAUCUUCCUCACGGUGGGCCGCGUGGGGUCCUCGACCGACCUCAUCGUGCAGGUGAUUGAGUACGUGCCCAUCCAGGACAAGCGCCAGAUGGUGCUGGACCUGCUGCAGACGCUGGAGAAGGGCCUCACCCUCAUCUUUGUGGAGACCAAGAAGGGCGCCGACGCGCUUGAGGACUUCCUGUGCCGCAACGGCCUGCCCGCCACCUCCAUCCACGGCGACCGCUCGCAGGCGGAGCGCGAGGCGGCCCUGCGCAGCUUCCGCACGGGGCGCACCCCGGUGCUGGUGGCCACGGAUGUGGCGGCGCGCGGCCUGGACAUCCCUCACGUCACCCACGUCAUCAACUUUGACCUGCCCUCAGACAUUGAUGACUAUGUGCACCGCAUCGGGCGCACGGGUCGCGCGGGCAAGAAGGGCCUGGCCACCGCCUUCUUCUCGGAGAAGGACACGGGCAUCUCCUCCAAGCUGGUUGAGAUCCUGAGCGAGACCAACCAGGAGGUGCCCGCCUGGCUGCAGAACAUGGCGCAGCGCUCCGCACCCUACGGAUCCAAGAGCCGCGGCGGCCGCGGCGGCAACCGCUUUGGCGGCCGCGACUUCCGCCGCGACGGCGGCGGCGGCGGCGGUUACGGCGGCGGCGGCGGCGGCUACGGCGGGGGUGGCUAUGGCGGCGGGGGUGGCGCCUACGGUGGUGGCGGCUAUGGGGGCGGCGCCUAUGGUGGCGGUGGCGGUGGCUACGGUGGCGGCGGCUAUGGCGGUGGCGGCUACAGUGGCGGUAGCGGCUACGGCGGCGGCGGUGGCUACGGCGCCGCCGGUGGCGGCGGCUCGUCUGCCUGGGACUAGAGCGGAGGCCCGUGCCUGGGCCCGCGCCCGCGCCGCCACACCCGGCGGCGGCGGCGGCUGCAGCGGGCGCCCGCGUGCGGCUGGCCGGGCUGUGCCCACCCGUCUCCCCCGCCCUCCUGUUGGCACGCUGCGCCGCGCCUGGGGGCGGGGCCGGCGCCAACCAGCGGCCCUCGAUGAGCGCCGCUGAGCAGUAGUGAAUGCAAUAAGCUCCCCACCCCAACGCACCCACCCAACACAGGACCCAUGUCCUGCCCCUCAAUGGGCCUCCCCCUGUGCUGCUUGUACGGACGGCUUGGCUGGGGGGUGGCUGGGCCUCGCUGCCCCUGCCCCCCCGCCGCGCCUCUGCACCGGCGCAGGCGAUGCAUCCUCCCAUCUGUCCCCCCUUUCCUUCGUGCUUCACCUUGCUUGCUCGCUUCCCAUGUCCCAGCUGCUCCCUCCCCCGCCCUCUCACCAGCACUCUACGCCCUCUCUUCUUUCCUACUUCGUGCUGCUUCGCGUCAAUUUUCGUCCCCCUCGGCCCCCCUUCCGCACUGACAUUGCGCAGACAAACGCCCCUGCCCCAUUUCAUUGCGCGCGGGGCUGCGGGCGGUGGGCGAUUCCCUGGUUCGUGCCCCCCUCCUUGGCC